AUGGCCAUACAGUCCAAGCUCGUUUCAUUGUUGGCGCUUGCCAGCGCCGCCAACGCGGCGUCGCUCAAGGAUGUUAAGCAUGUUGUCAUGCUGAUGAUGGAGAACAGAUCAUUCCAGCAUUACUUUGGCACCAUGGCCGGUGUUCGUGGUUUCGCCGAUCCUAAUGUUCAGGUCAACCCUGAUGGCCGCUCUGUUUGGUACCAAAAUCUGACUGGUGUCACUGACGAGGCGGAUUGGCUUCUACCAUACUACCUUAAUUACCAGGGUGGAGAGGAGUCGGCGAACAAGAGCCAGUGUCUCUGUGCUGGUGCCAAUAACUGGAUUCCUACCCACCAGUCUUUGAAUGAUGGUCUCAACAACGCGUGGGCGCAGAUCUCUACACCUCAGUCUUGGGGUUACUUCAAGCAACAGGAUAUUCCCUACCACUUCAAGUUGGCCGAGUCCUACACGAUUAGCGACGCGUAUCAUGCUGCAAUUACCAGUAACACAGACCCGAAUCGUUGGUUCUGGCAGUCUGGUACAAUCAACGUUCCUGGAGGAAAGCUGCCAAUAGAUGCUGGUGGAGUUGUGCUAGACAACAACCAAAGCCCUGGUUGCUGGGGUGAGAACCUCGACUGUCUUCCCCUCCAGUGGCCAGCAUUUGCCCAAUAUCUCGACGAAGCUGGCAUUGAUUGGCGGUCGUACCAGGAGUCUUGGGACUGGGCAACUAACAGUGGCUUGUUCUACUUCAAGGCUUUCCAAGACGCUCCCGUGAACUCAAGCCUGUACCAGCGAGGCCUUGCGUUCGACGGUGACAAUGGCCUCGACGCAUUCAAAGCUGCCGCUGCUAACGGCACUCUGCCUGCUGUCUCUUGGGUUUUCCCUCCUGGUUCCCUGCAGGAGCACCCUCCCAAGACUCCUAAGGAUGGUUCUUGGUUUAUUGACCAGAUCGUUUCGUCAAUCAUUGAUGGCCCCAACUACAACGAGACCAUCUUCAUGCUCAACUACGAUGAGGCUGGUGGCUGGGGUGACGCUGUUAAGCCCCUUCUUCCUCCUGAGGGAACCGCUGGAGAAUGGUUCGAGGAUCCUUAUGGAGAACUCGGAUAUACCUACUCUGGACCUGGUAUCCGUAUCCCACUGAUCAUCGUUUCUCCCUUCACCCGCGGUGGACAUGUCUUCACCGAGCGUGCUGAUCACAGUUCGAUCCUCCUCUUCCUGGAGCAAUAUUUGGCCGUCAAGGGUUACAGCAACAUCACUGUUGAGUCGCAGAUGUCUGACUGGCGACGCGAGCACAUGUCCAACCUCCUGAACGCUUUUGACUUCGAGAACCCUGAUUAUACUAAGCCAGAGCUACCCAAGCCUGAUUACCCAAUGACAAACUCCGAUGGCAAUAUCAUUGGUAUGUGGAGUGGCUUCUGCAGCGGUACCUAUGGUGGUAGCUGCUCUAGCGACCAGUAUGUUGUAGGAAUUCCCUAUGGCAAUCAGACAGAGGAGGAUGCUCUUUUCUUUGAGGACGGUUUCAAGGGUCUACGUGGAAAUCUGCUAGAGGGCCACUACGUCGUCUUCGAGUCCAAUGGUUUUGCCAUCACCAACCCUGGCUCCGGAAACCAGUUCACCACUACUGCCGCUACCGCCCAGCACGAGGACAUCCACCAACGAUGGGUCCUACACCAGCUCGCUGACGAAGGUACCGAGUUCUACGUUACCAGCGCCGUGGAUGGCAAGUACAUCUCCCAGCAUACCAGCUUGGCCACCCUGAAGAGCGGCGCUGAGACAUAUAACAUCACUUACCUCGGCGGUGGUAAGUACGCCCUCCAGAAGGAGAAUGGCAAGUACCUUAACAUCAACGCCGAUGGAACCAUCUCCAUUGAUAGUUCCACAACUGGCCUUAGCGGAUACAGUGUGACCUAUCAUUCGUAG